AUGGCUUCGGGGGAAACCCUGUACAUUGAGACGGACGGCUCCGAAAUGCCCACCGAAAUAGUGGAACUGCACGAAAUCGAGGUGGAGACUAUCGAAACAACUGUUGUCGGGGAAGACUGCGAGCACCAGCCUAUGAUCGCCUUACAACCGCUCGACACGGACGAUCCGCACUCGAUUCUCCCCCACCAGGAGGUGAUUUUAGUGCAGACCCGGGAGGAGGUGGUGGGCGAGGACGACUCGGAACUGCACGCGGAUGACGGCUACCAAGACCAAAUACUCAUCCCGGUGCCCGCCGUGGAGGAGGACUACAUCGAACAGACUCUGGUCACAGUCGCGGGGAGAAGCUCGGCAGCGGCCCGGAUGAAGAGAGCUGGAGCUGGGAAGAAGUCGGUUAAAAAGAGCUACUUAAGCGCCGCUGACAUGGGCAGAAAAUGGGAACAGAAGCAAGUGCAAAUAAAGACGUUGGAAGGAGAGUUCUCCGUUACUAUGUGGGCUUCGGAUGACAAGAAGGACAUUGACCAUGAAGAGCAAAUCACGGGUGAAAACUCUCCUCCUGACUAUUCAGAGUACAUGACAGGGAAGAAGCUACCUCCAGGGGGCAUCCCGGGGAUCGACCUCUCGGACCCCAAGCAACUGGCAGAGUUUGCAAGAAUGAAGCCAAAGAAAGUGAAAGAAGACGACGCACCCAGGACGAUAGCCUGCCCGCACAAAGGCUGCACUAAGAUGUUCAGGGAUAACUCCGCUAUGAGGAAACACUUGCACACCCACGGGCCUCGUGUGCACGUCUGCGCCGAGUGCGGCAAAGCUUUCGUGGAGAGCUCCAAACUGAAAAGACAUCAACUAGUACACACAGGAGAAAAACCUUUCCAGUGUACAUUUGAGGGCUGCGGCAAGAGGUUCUCCCUGGACUUUAAUUUACGUACCCACGUGAGAAUCCACACGGGGGACCGCCCGUACGUGUGCCCUUUUGACGGCUGCAACAAGAAAUUUGCCCAGUCUACCAACCUGAAGUCUCACAUCCUCACACAUGCCAAAGCAAAGAAUAACCAGUGA